AUGCAGAAGGACACGUGCGGCCAGAAGGUGGUGCCGGUGGACCCCAAGCACUGCCCGACGACGGCGCUGUGCAACGAGGCGUGCGGCGAGGCGGAGCAGAAGUUCGUGAAACACGUGUACGUCGUACCUAUCAAACGCUGCCUCACCGGCUUCGUCUUCCGGGGCUGUCAGCGAAUCUGUUCCACUCUGUACGAUCCAGUCUGCGGAUCUGACAACAAAACCUACUCCAAUGAAUGUUUCCUGGAGCUGGAAAACUGCAGGUCACGUGCUCUGGUGUCAAAGAGUUAUGACGGACGUUGUGGACAACCGGAGAACAAGCCUCGCAACUACUUGUAUUGAAAAGUGAUGAGAACAUAUUUUUGACUUUUCUAUUUUUUUGCUCUUUGAAAAUGUUGCAAGCUCGAAUAGUUUUGUGAUAUAAAAUAAAAGGCAACCAUUGAUAAGUGAAUGAGGUAAAAACUCACAUUUUAUACAUAAACAGAUUUGCUCAGAUAAUCAGUCAAAUGUGUGGUAUAAUGCACAUUUAUGAAUGUUAAGGUCAAUCAACAAAACAAUGUGAUGAAACCUCCACCAAAGAAAUACUCUUCUUUGGAAGAAGUGAACACUACAAAGUGCUGUCCAUGACUUCAUUUUUGACUUCCUUUAAUCAAGAUGGCAGGAAGGCUAUAAAAUGAAAACAACUCACGAAAACUGAAUGUGUAUUGAUAAGCGUUCUUUGAACGCUUUCAUUACAAAUGAAAUAUACUCAUAUGUUAUACUGAAGACUAUAUUUCA